AGGAUAAUCUUCGAACAAUGGCCGAUGACGGACCAAUUAUUGAGGAAAUUGCCGAGAAGAAUGGGAGGGUGGCAAGGAUCAUGCAACGUCUCCAACAUGACACACAAAGAGUCACUUCAGUGCCGGGCUUCAACACAAGCGCCACAGGAUACGCUGACCUUAUCGCUCUUCUGGAUCAGUAUAAGAACGACCUUGAGGCUGUUGGAUUCAACGACUUAGAGCAAGCUCGAAGAAGAGCUCCUUCUGUGGAUAUUACGGUCGGCAGUAAUUCAACUAAUCUUGUCGAUUACUCCCACGGCCGUCAUGAUAUGCCCUCACACCGUCGACACGAUAGCUCCGAUGAAGAAAUCACGGCAGCCAACAGUCACCAUCAGUCACCAAUAAAUGUGGGGAAUCGUAAUGACACGGAUGGUACAAAUGGCAGAAAUGGAAGUAGAGCUGGUUCAUCGAGCUCCGAUCGCGUGCGGAUGAUAGCCGGAAGGAACAGAAUCUCGAAAACGAGACGUUAUAGACCGGGCCAGAAGGCAUUGGAAGAGAUUCGCAAAUACCAAGAAUCUGAAGACCUUCUGAUUCCAAAGGCUCCGUUCGCACGCCUCGUCCGCGAAAUUAUGCAGACUUCCACUCCAUUUUCCUCAGACCUUCGCAUUCGUUCUGACGCCAUCAAUGCUCUUCAGGAAGCAUCGGAAGCACUGUUGGUCCAAAUGUUCGAUGGUUCAUCACUCAUUUCCGCCCAUUCCAAACGUGCCACACUGACGACUACAGACGUGCAGCUUUACCGCCGUCUUUGCCUUCCAAAUCUCUGAUUAAAAAAUUUGCAAUACUAAUCACUAACUGUAAAUUGUUUAUUUAUUUAUAUUGUAAAAAUUUAUUGCAUGAAAAUGAAUUUAUUGUAUUUAA